UUGAAUCGGCGAACUUCCGGAAUUGCCCUUCUCACGUUCUCACGCCAUUGCUUCUUGUCUCUCCUCCCCUGCUUCUGCGGGCGCUCCUGAGGCUCCCAGAAUGUGGAAGAGAAGGCUCGGCGCUCCUCUCUCCGCCGCCGCCCUUCGCCGGACGCUCGCCGCAGCCGGCCGCGCUGUCGUCCCGACCCAUUCCGCUUCGCAGGGGCUCCGGCGCCUCGCCGAGCGGCGCGCGGUUCCGCCCUCCUCCGACGCGGGAACCGCGGGCUUUCCCCCUCUCGACCGCCGCGAUUUCCUCCGGCGUUCCGGGAGGAGCUGCUGCUCGGGAGGCGCUCCCGGCGGCGCAGCUCCCGAGUGCUGGAACUGCGGCGCCGGAGCUCGGGAGACCGCGACGGCGCCGUUCCUGGUGUGCGAGUCUUGCCGGAGCGUGCAGCCCGUGGACGAGUCGGUGGACUAUUUCCGAAUUUUCGAGCUGGAAAAGAAGUAUGAAAUGGAUGUUACAAAUCUGGAGGGCAAGUAUAAGGCUUGGCAGAAGAAGUUGCAUCCUGAUCUAGUCCAUUCAAAAUCAGAGCAAGAAAAAGAAUAUGCUGCAGGCCAGUCUGCUCGAGUAAUUGAUGCAUACCGCACUCUUAGCAAGCCUUUGACGAGGGCGAUAUAUGUGCUAAAGCUUGAAGGGGUUAACGUUGAUGAAGAGGAAACCGUUUCAGAGCCAGAGUUGUUAACUGAGAUACUGGAAAUAAGAGAAGCUGUAGAUGAGGCGGCUGACUCUCAGGCUUUGAAACAGAUUCAGUCUCAGAUGGAAGACAAAUUGAGACACUGGUCUAAUUCUUUUGCCAGUUCAUUAUGUUCCCGGAAAUUUGAAGAUGCUCUGACAUGUGUUAGGAGAAUGAAGUAUUACAGUCGUGUAAAUGAAGAGAUCACAAAGAAGCUUUGAUAUAGGUACUUGGCCAGAAGGCCAGAACCUUCUCGCGAGAGUACAUUUUCGCAUGCACUGUUGGAGACUCAAUCUUAGUGAGUGGGUCUUAAGACUUCCUGCUCUCAGGAAUGAGAGAGCAGCGAAGAAACAGGAGGCAUGAGAGCCACAUUUUAAACUUUUGACCAACAUAAGAAGCUUUGGGUUCCCCAUCACCUUGGUCAUAUCGGAUCUUUGACACUGAGCCGCUCGAAUCUUCAUCCAUUAAAGCCAGAUUCAAGGACUGACAAAUUGCAGGAAUGGGUUUUUGAACAAUUACACAUUCAGGUACCUGUAAGCAUACAAGUUAAUGUAGAUUGUAGAGCAUUACAGUAACUUAUUCGUGUCCUUUUGUUUUCCAUCUUAAUGCCUUUUCUAAGAGAUUCUCUAAAUGAGUUCAUUGCUUCAACAA